AUCGAGCUGGCCAGUCGUAGAUCGCGCGUUCGAGAAUCGGGAUGACGACCACGGUGCAGCUGUUAGCGCUGGUCGCUGGUGUGUUCGCUUUGGCCGGAGCAAAUGCACAAGAUACCACAAACGGUUCGCCAAGAGGUUCGCCUUAUCGGAUCGAUUUAGCACAAUACAACCAGGCGCUGUUGCCAAGGAUUCGUCCGUUGAUCGAAGCACCGGCGGAUCCGAGGGAGGAAGAGAUCGUACCGUUCUUCGAGCUGCUGCCCGAGUAUCGCGAUCGUUUGAGCGGUAAUUUUCUGAUCGAUGGAUUUACCCGGGCACGCGAUGCCGGCCGCUGUCUGCUGUGUAUGUCCACGUCCUACCUGUUCCUGAGUUUGUACAACGAAACGGUAUCGCUAACGGAUGGGCGUACCGAGCGUUUGCGUGCGAUCGCGGGUCGCCUCUGCCGGUUGUUGGGUUUCAAGGCGUACCUGUGUGAUGGUGUGAUCGGUCUGAACGGUGAUAUUAUACAGUACGUGCUGGAGAAUCGGCAGCCAUUCCCCGAACCGGCCGAUAUUUGCCAGGUGUACCUGCAGGAGCUGGACUGUUUGGGUGAUGGGCGUAACGUUAGUGCACCCGAUGCCUAUCGUACGAUCGCGAUCGCGAGUGCUCCGGUGCGCGAUCAGGACACCAUCGAGGGUUCAUUUGUGGCACGAGCAGCAGCAGGUGAUAAGAAGUCCGGUGCGGUUACAGAAGGUCAGUGUCCUAUAAGAAAAGGUGGCAAGCAUGGUGAUAGGGGAUCACGGGAUCCUCUAACGAUCGUACACCUAACCGACAUCCAUUACGAUCCGGAGUAUGUGAUCGGUGUGAAUGCGGAUUGUCGGGCGGAAGCUUGCUGUCGUGUGUUGCCGAAUCUUCCGCCAGCAAAUGGAACAUCAGGUGGUGCCGGUUACUGGGGAGAUUAUCGUGAUUGCGACACACCGUGGCAUGCGGUGGUGGAUGUGAUGGAACACAUCCGCACCCAGCAUGAGCACAUCGAUGCGAUCUACUUCACGGGUGACAUCGUGCAUCACUUCACCUGGAACACGACGAUCGAGACGAACGAGCAGGCGAUGCGGCAGGUGUUUGAUCUCAUGAAACGCACCUUCCCCGGUGUACCGAUCUAUCCGAUCCUCGGUAAUCACGAAUCCCAUCCUGCGAAUCUUUACGCUCCUCACACCGUGACUGAGACACUCCGGACAAACUAUCUGUACGAUUUUAUCAUCGAACAGUGGGCCGAUUGGUUACCGAUGACGGGCCGGAUCCGUGAAACGCUGUCCGAGGGUGGCUACUACACGGUCCGUACACCGUACGGUCUGCGUAUCAUCGGACUCAACAACAACCCCUGUUUCGUGCACAAUUUCUGGCUGUUUUACUCGCUGGACUACUUCCUGCCGCAGCUACAGUGGCUGCACGAUACGCUGCUAGAAGCGGAACAUGCCAACGAGCGGGUGCACAUUUUGGCUCACGUGCCUUCGUACGAUGACUCUUGUUUCGUCGGUUGGACCAGGGAGUAUCGUAAGAUUGUGGAACGGUUUGCGCACAUCAUUACCGCUCAAUUCAACGGGCACUCGCACGUAGACGAGUUCAAUCUGUACUAUCCGCGCGCGACCGUCGAUCCGUUGCGACCGAUCAGUGUGGCCUGGAACGGUGGAUCGACGACGACGUUCACGAAGCUCAAUCCCAACUACAAGGUGUUCCUGUUUGAUCCCGUCAGCUUUGAACCGAUCGAGCAGGACACUUGGAUGUACAAUCUAACGGCGGCCAAUGAGUCACCCGAUCGACGGCCGGAAUGGUUCCGUGCGUACAGCUUCAAGGAGUACUAUCAACUACCGGAUCUUAGCCUCGAUUCGCUAGGGUGGCUCAUGCAGCGGUUUGCACAAUCCGAGGAACAAUUGGCCAGCUAUUGGCGUGCAAAGCAGAAGUGGGCCGAUCCGCUCCUCCAGGAAGGCUGCACGGGAACGUGUCUCCGGGAGGCACUGUGUGCGAUCGUACGUACCGAGCACGACGAUAACCGUAUCUGUGAGGCGCUCUAUCAAUCACAGCCUGAAGUUCGUUCGGUUGUUAAUGGUGCCUAACGCUCUCUCCAAGCAGAACCAUUGAAUAAUGAAGCUGAAUGUUCAAAUUUAUCAACUUUUAAAUUGUACGAAUGUACUGUAUCACU